GAGCUGCAGGGCGACCGCAUGGUGGAGGCCUCAUUUUUUCACGUUUGGAAUAUGAACAUGACCAACGUUUCCUCAACGCCUAUCCUUGUGCCUCCGGCCGUCAAGAUGUUUCGCUGUGAUUGUCAUGAAAGAACCAGCUCUCCGGGAACAAACCAGAGGACACAAAUAGGCGAGGAGUGACGGCAUCCACACGAGCUCCGCUGGUUUCGCUGCCCACGUUGGGUUGCCUGGUUUGAGUGGGCACGUUACCUCUCCAACCCUCCUGACCUUUCUCUUCUCGAUUGAAAGGCCACUGAUUUCUCAGACAGGAACUCCCCAUAAACUUCCCUCUUUCAUUCAUUUCAUCUCCGCCAUGUCUCAUGUUCAAUAUUCCCUUCUUUCCUUAUAGGGGAAGAGAGGGUAAGGGAUGCUAUACUCGCACAUCCUGCGUAGCCCACCGUCUAUGUGAGACAAAAGCAUCCAGGGUGGAAAAUGGAAGUGGAGCGUCCUGGCUCUGAGCUUAUGAAAGUGCCAGCGACUGUAUCUAUCCAUAGUCUCUUUGAGAACAUAAUGCAACCCUACAGUGCAGAAGCACUCCAGAUGACAAGGACACACAGAUGCUGCUGCCGCUGCUGCCCACUCGCCUCCUCCUCCUCUUCCUCAGCUUCAGUCCCGCCCACCGCCACCUGGCUCUGCUGCGCACCGCCGACUGGAGGCAGAGCGCCGCUACUCCUCUUCCCCUCACCAGCGGACAAGCAGAAACCUGGGAGCCCCUGAAACCGAGGGUGUGUGCGAGAAUUGUUUUCUCACAUUUUUAAAAACCGAUUCCUACACGAUCCGAAGCGACUCGACGUUUGGAGGAUUCUGGAGGAAAGAGCGAAGACGCGUAAAGACUAAACCACAGGGUGCUUUUGCGCACUACUGCAUCCUCUCCUCUCCAUCUCUUUCUGCUCUCUCCUCCUCCUCCUAAGCCUCUGCGCUUUUUACGUGACUCCGGGUUUCUCCCUCUCCAGACUCACCACGAGCCUCGUCGUGAGCCGCCCUUCUUCUUUUGUCGGAGUUUGAAACACAUUUUCUCGAGCCGCUGGAAGUACACCGCCUCAGCCCCGGGACUCUGCAGCUUUCGUCCUCCCGACACAAGCGGAUCAUCGCGGGGACCGUGCGCGUAAUCUGGGGGACUGGAAAUUAUUUAGCCCCCUCACAUCAACGUACCGCAUGGUGGGAAUUUCUGCCUCUUUUCAGUAUCGCACUGGGAAGCGCUCCACCAUGCCCGACUCACCUGCGGACGUCAAGACACAGUCCAGGUUGACCCCCCCUACCAUGCCGCCCCCACCCAGCACACAGGGAGCACCACGCAACAGCUCCUACACCCCCACAACCUUAACCAAUGGCAGCAGCCACUCUCCCACGGCGCUCAAUGGCGCUCCGUCUCCACCAAACGGAUAUAGCAACGGUCCUAGCUCGUCCUCCUCAUCCUCACUGGCCAACCAGCAGCUGCCGCCGGCCUGUGGCGCCCGGCAGCUCAGCAAGCUCAAGCGCUUCCUCACAACUCUGCAGCAGUUUGGCAACGACAUCUCGCCUGAAAUCGGCGAGCGGGUCCGCACAUUAGUGCUGGGACUAGUGAAUUCCACACUAACCAUCGAAGAAUUUCACUCCAAGCUCCAAGAAGCCACCAACUUCCCACUGCGACCCUUUGUCAUCCCCUUUCUGAAGGCCAACCUGCCGCUUCUUCAGAGGGAGCUGCUGCACUGUGCCCGUCUGGCCAAGCAGAACCCAGCUCAGUACCUGGCCCAGCACGAGCAGCUGCUGCUGGACACCAGCACCACCUCCCCUGUGGACUCCUCUGAACUCCUGAUGGACGUCAACGAGAACGGCAAGAGGAGGACGCCAGACAGAACCAAAGAAAAUGGCUUCGAGCGAGAUGGCGCCCUGCACCCAGACGUUCACCCCAGCAAACGGCCCUGCACCAUCAGCCCCGCCCAGCGUUUCAGCCCUUCCAACGGACUCUCCUACCAGCCCAACGGCCUGCCCCACCCAGGCCCGCUCCCCCAACAGCACUACAGGCUGGACGACAUGGCCAUCGCCCACCACUACCGAGACACCUACAGACACUCGGCCUCCAAUCACCGGGAGAUCCGGGAGAGAGCCAGAUCCAUCGGAAUGCAUGCAGGGACCAGGCAGGAGGAAGUGAUUGACCACAGGCUGACAGACAGAGAGUGGGCUGAGGAGUGGAAGCACCUUGACCAUCUGCUGAACUGUAUCAUGGACAUGGUGGAGAAAACACGGCGCUCACUAACGGUACUGCGCCGGUGCCAGGAGGCCGACCGAGAAGAGCUCAACUACUGGAUCCGAAGAUACAGCGAUGCUGAAGAGCUGAAGAAGGGCGCCACUAGUGGGCAGUCAAGGCAGCAGAGCCCCGCAGCACAGGAAAAUGCAACACCAGAAAUUCACAGGGAGCUGCUGCACCGGCCUGUGUCUGGCUACGUCCCGGAAGAGAUUUGGAAGAAAGCUGGUUCGGGAGGCUUGACUUCCUCUGUGUCCACACUCUUUCCAGAAGAGGCGGUGAAUGAGGUCAAACGUCAGGCCAUGUCAGAGCUGCAGAAGGCUGUGUCAGAGGCCGAGCGCAAGGCUCACGAUAUGAUCAGCAGUGAGCGGGCCAAGAUGGAGCGCACAGUGGCAGAGGCCAAGAGGCAGGCGGCCGAAGAUGCGCUCUCCAUAAUCAAUCAGCAGGAGGACUCCAGCGAGAGCUGCUGGAAUUGUGGCCGUAAGGCCAGUGAGACUUGCAGUGGCUGCAACACAGCACGCUACUGCGGCUCCUUCUGCCAGCAUAAGGACUGGGAGAAGCACCACCACGUCUGCGGCCAGACCCUCCAGGCCCAGCAGCAGCAGGCUAGCCAGCAGCAAGGAGGCGUUCCCGGGUCAGAGACCCCUGCUCCCAUUAGCUCAUCAGCCUGCACCCCAAGCAGCGGGACCGGAAGUCCGGCUGCUACCCCGCCUGCUGCUACACCUCGCUCAUCCACCCCCAGCACCCCAUCCUCCUCCGUCCUGGAUGGCACACCCCGCUAAGAGACUCUCACAGAUGACGGAGGCGUGAAGGCCUGGAGGGGCACACACAGCAUGACUGUCUACAUUGCCUUGCAAAGAUGUUAAGCUAAUAUGACUAACAGAGAAAGAUGGCAAUGCUUCUAUCUAUCUUGCAUAGAAGGAGGAGGAGGCCCAUAAUCAGGUCAUAUUGACCUGCCAUGACUUUAAGGAAACUCAAAGAUAUUCUUUGUUUUGAAUGAAUGAAUUUAAAUAUUGACAUCCUUUUGUCAUUACACUUGCUAUUCUUGUUGUCUGUUUGUUGUUGUGCCUGUUGUUGUUAAUGUUGCUGUCAUUGUAGCUUAUCUUAUUUUCUCCUGUAAAUAUGAGACUGACCAGAGAUAGCCGUGAACCCAAGAACAGUAUAUCUGACCUCCCUGUUUUUUUUUUUAUAAUUUUCCAUCCUGGAAUUAACACUUAAUUACUUCCUGUACCUGGGACAUGAGACUAGUCAACCUCAAGAAGACAAUUAACCAAGCAACAUACCAAGGGAAUAUAACUAGCUAGCAGAAUAUGGCAUCAGCAUUCUUCGAAAGGAAAGAAAUUCGAUUUAAAAAUUCUGAAAGAAACUGACGGAUGGAGACAUAAAUAAAUUUGCUGCCUGGAGAGGGGAGAGGGAUGGACUGAAUCUCUGGUCCACAGACUGCCAUGAAACGGGCAGAUGUGCGGCAGAUUGCGAGCAGAGCCAGCUGUUCAACCAAUGUUAUUUCCCUCUCACUUGUAAUAAUAUCCAGGUCAGUGGGCUGGGAAAUACAAAUCCGUCUCCCUGAAGCAUGUAAAAGGAUACAAAACUUUGCCCACUGCACAUGUGGAGGAUGUACUGACUACAAUUCACACGUGCAUGCUCGGUGGGUCAUGGAAGCUCUCCAGCAGCAAGCAAAGGCAUCAUCCUGCCGGUGAGACUGUCAUAUAACCUUGACAGCAGCACAUGGAGCUGAAAAUCCACAGUGUGACGACUCACCCCACAAUCUCCCUUCCUGACUCAACUCUGAAAAAACACAUUCUCAUCUUUCUUCAUGUUCUUUUUCUAUAGAUGUCAUGGUGUUUAAGACUUCUGUCCUGUGGUGUCAUCAAUGGUUAUUUAUUGUAUAUGUGUUGGACAAUUGUGACACUGCAUAGUACUUCAACCAGUCACAACUCAAAAUCCUUCAUAACUCUCUCUCUCUAGCUGGUGCAAAAAGAGAUAAAAAAAAAAAAAAAAGAAGUGUUAUCUUUUUUCCAAGCUGCUUUUCUAUUCUGUGUGUAGUUGGUAGAUCCCUCGUAGUUACUAUAAGUUUUACUUCCCUUUGUCCUCAAGAAAAGACAAAAGCUAUAUCUCAGAGCUGCUACUUGAGUCCGACCCAGAUCUUUUCUGAGAACUAGCAUGUUGCGCGGAAUGCUACCCUAAAUGUUUUGUACAAGGGACAUACAUAAAUGUAUUUGCACUGUCACAGAGGUUAUUUUGGCAUGCUUCUUUUCAGCAUACUUGUGUUGUUGGUAUAGAGCCAUAACUCUUCAGCCAUUUUGUACGUAGUGAUUGCAUAAUCUGUUUUUACA